AUAUUGGUCCCAAAGGAGACGAAGAAGAAACUGAUAGGGUCAUACAGAUCGGAAAAUCCUUAAUAGAUUAGCAGAAAAGAGCGGUUCGGACGGAAAAUCAGCAGAAAAUGGAAGAAUCAACGGCGAACCUAGAGAGGUCGGUAGCCGCGCCGAUGAUAUUCGUUAUGGUGUUAGCUUUGCAGUUCCUUUCUCGCUUUUUCGAAAUCAAUAAAAAGAAAGGUUCUACAAGUUCAGAAGAUUUGCAGUUGCGCGCAGAAAUCAAACAGCUUCUAAAGGAGGCAAGUGCCUUGUCACAGCCUUCAACAUUUGCACAAGCUGCAAAACUGAGGAGGUUAGCUACAGCCAAGGAGAAGGAACUUGCAAAAAAUCAAGAAAUUCACAACAAAGAGGCGAAAUUGUCACAUGAUUCAUAUACAAAAGGCCUAACUAUUUUUCAGGUCUUGACAUACUUGUUGUUGAUCAUUUGGUUUUGGCGUAUUCCUGUGGCUUCCAUAUCUAAGCAGCUCGUACAGCCUUUUGGGAAGAUGUUGUCUUGGCGAGCUGGAGGCCCUGCCAAUGAAAAUGUUAUGGUGGGGAUUAUUCCGUGGUUGAUACUGUCUACUAGAGUCGGCAAAUCUAUCAGCCGAAGAAUAUUCAAGUAGGAGGAGAAAGUAGAAGUGACAUCAGUGUAUCGGACCAUUUUUUUUUUUUUAACUAUCCUUUCAUUAUCUAUCUUAUGUUCUUACUAAUUCAUUGAGAUUUGUAAAUUGAAUGUGCUAUACCUCUGUAAGAAGUACCCUUGUUCUUUUUCUGUAAGUAGGAACAAAUGUGUUGAGUUAGAUGUCAUUUUUGAAAGGAGUGCUUAUUUUGGUUUUGAAAAAAAGCAAAUGCAGUUCGUUUUCUUGGGUUUUUUGAGGUAUAAA